AUGCCCGCUUCUACCGGCAACAAGAUGCUCUUGGAGCAUCUUCACAAACUUACCGCCCAGCAUGAGCGUGAGCAGAUCAUGAAGACCGCGUCGGCUUCCUCCAAGAAGCCUGGCCGCCUCUCGGCCACAGACCCGGACUCUCGCAAGUCGUCCGAGACCUCUUCGUUCUAUUCGUCCUCUUCAGAGGAUGUUGAGCGCGGUGGCGGUGUCAAACUCACGGGUCCCGACGCGUUCGUCGCCCACAACAAUCCCUUCGCCCGCCGUUCGCAGGCUGCAGCUCAAGCUCUGCGCCCUACCUCGUCCGCCACGGCCACUGUACGGACCUACAAGUUCCCUCCUCAGGACACUGACGAAGAGGAUGACGUCUUCCAGGACACCGUCGACGGCUCUGAGCAGCGCUCUACGAUUGUGCCUUCUGGCUCUUACAGCCUCGGUCAGGGUCAUCUUCAAAACACCGAUUUCAAGGGCAAGGGCGUCGUUCGUCGCGGCGAUUACGUCGGCGGAUCUCCCAUCAAGGGCGGAUCCUCCUCCAUGCGCAACCCGUCCGACCCUCAAGCAACCUACCCCACCGGCGCUUGCAUCUUCGUUGCCAAUCUGCCUGAGUACAAGGAUGACAUCACCCUCGAGGCGGCUGUCAUUAAGGAGUUUCAGAGAUUUGGUGUCGUCUUCGUCAAGAUCCGUCGCGAUCCUCAGGGUCUUCCCUUUGGCUUUUGCCAGUUUACCACCAAGGAGCAUGCUGAGGAUGCUCGCAUCAACGGCAAGGGAUCCGUGAUUCUCGGUCGCCCCUGCCGCACAGAGACGGUUCGAGCCAACCGUAAGAUUGCCCUUGUUUUUCAUCCGCCACUAUCACCGAUACUUAUUGACAUAGGCACGUACAUCAUCUACCGUCGUGAUCAAGUGGACAUCACCAUGGAAGAGGCGAACGAGCUCUUGCAUCCCUUUGGCGUGAUCGAGACCUUGCGCCAGCUUGAUCCCCAGAUUCGGGAGCAGCUUCAGCUUCCCGUCACGAUCCGAGUACAGUUCGAGGUCUUCGACCCGUCCCAGCAGGUCCUUCGUGCGUUCCGCCUCAACAAGACGUACAGAGUCGACCCCUUCGAUUUCAAGAAGGCCAUGCAGGCCAGAGCCCGCAACUCUGACCGCGCUUUUCUUGACCACUAUGAUCGCGAUCGCCGCUCCAUCUUCGUUGGGGACCUCCCCCUGACUUUCACCGAGAACGACGUUCGAAUCCUCAUGGAGGAUAUCGGCGCCGUUGUGUCGGUUCAGGCCAAGCGCCUCGAGUACGCUCGUGAGGGCCCCAAGCUCAUCGCUUUCGUCGAGUUCACCAACGCGUCGUACCCCGACCUUGCCAUUGAGCGCUAUGUGAGUUUUGCUGCCUGUCUUCCGGCGAUUGGCAAUAAAGAGAUGACUGACGAGGCUCAACAGCACCUGAACAACAUCCAGGGAUCCUUCAUUCGUGUUGAACGUCGCACUGACAAGCGCCGCCGCGAUCCCGCCCGCAACCAGAGCAAUGGCUACACCUCGGGCAAUGACUACAGCCAGGGUCAUGGCUCCAACUGCAAUGGCUCCCACGAGGAUAUUAACGGCGGCAAUCCUCCUUCCACUCCUGCUUUCCGCCCGAGAGGCACCAAGGCCAUUGAGGCUGGACCUUCUUCCACGUCCUAUGGCCAGGGUAUCCAGGGCACCCCUUCCAUGAUGCGGACUGCUUCGCACCAUUCCACCCAGGCCAUCAUGAUGGCCUCUAGCGACCACGCGCAGCAGAACGCUCAUGCUCAUCUCAAAGCUCGCCAGAACGCUCGCCAGAAUGCUCAGGGCACGCAUAACGUUCAGAGAAUGCAGAACCACAUACAGGCUCAGAUACACCCCGUCCAGCAGCAGAUGCAGGCUCAGAUGCCUAUCCAGAUCCAGAACCAGCAGAUGCCUACCCAGCUGGCUCAGCAGCAGAUUUGUUCUCAGACCCAGCAUCAGAUGGUCCAAGGCAUGCACAUGCAUCAGUCCGCCGGUCAGCACAUGGGUCAGACUCCCAUGCAGUACCCCAUGGCUCCUCCUCCUGUCCCUGUACAGGCUGCCACUCCCAUGCAUAACAACAUGGCUUACAACCCGAGCCCCUACGCUGGCAGCCCCUGCUCUCAGGGCGCCUUCUCCCAAGGUGCUUUUUCACAGGGCCCUGGAUCCUCGGUUGGCUUCAUCACUCCUCAGCAGGCGACGCCCAUGCCCUUCUGGGGUUACGGUCACGGCACUCCUCUCUGGACCCCGUUCCCCGUCGAUCCCGCCGCAUUCGCGGCUGCGGCUUUCUCGUCGCCCGUUCGUCAGCCUCACCCCAACGGCGGCUUCGCUCCCCAGUCCAUCCCCGCCCAGCAGAUCGAGACUAACCAAGUCAAUGUCACCCAGUCUGAGCCUGUCAUGACGGAGAAUGGCCAGCCUUACGUCGGCGAGGGCUCGAUCGGGAACUACUAA